CUACCGCGCCGGAAGAGAAGACGGUCCUUUACCCAGCCAUCUUGUGGCUUCACCUAGCGAAGUGCUCGCGCCAAGCCUCGUAGAAUCGGAGGAAAAUCCUGCUGAAGGGGCGCCAUCAUGCCCGGACAAAUGCAAGAAGGUUUUGGCUGCGCCAUAACCAAUAGAUUCGACCAGUUAUUUGACGAUGAGUCGGAUCCGUUUGAGCUGCUGAAGCAAGCUGAAACGAAGAAGAAGGAGGCUCUGGCUGCUGGUCCCGUCAAGACCGCGGCUCAAACAGCCAAGCCAGCCAAGAAGGAGUCUCAAAAGGACCGGAAGGCUCCACUAGCUGACAAGAAGGAGGAGGCCCAGGCACCUGUUCCUCUCAAGAAAGAUGGACCCGGCAUGAGGAGAAUGGGCCGUAAGCCGGAGGGCGACGGUCCCAGGCCCCAGGGCGGCCAGGGAGAGGGACGACCCCCCACAGACAGACGACCGGCUGACAGGCGGCCACCCCGUCGCUUCGAGAGGCCGGCUGGUGAGGCUGGCGAGAAGCCCGAGGGAGGCGAGUUCUCAGUGGAGAAACCUGUUGGCGACAGGCCAAUGAGAGGACGCGGUGGCGGCAGAGGUGGCCGUGGAGGCCGAGGACGUGGAAUGGGUCGCGGCGAUGGCUUUGAUUCAAGAGGAAAACGUGAAUUUGACCGACACAGUGGCAGUGACCGAUCUAGUAUGAAAGGUGAAGACAAACGUGGUGGAAGUGGAUCGCACAACUGGGGAAACGUCAAGGACGAACUCAAUGAACUUGACACAUCAAAUGUCACUGAAGAAAACCCUGAGGGAGAGGAGCAUCCGCCUGCUGACACUGAGAACAAAAGGGAGAAUGAAGCCGAGGAGAUGAAGGAGGAAGGUCCCAAGGAGAUGAGUCUGGAUGAGUGGAAAGCCAUGCAGGACAAGGAACGGGCCAAAGUGGAGUUCAACAUCCGAAAGGCCAAUGAGGGAGCUGACUGGAACAAAGGAUUCGUGCUGCACAAGUCUAAGGCAGCGGGCAAGGGCGGAGAACUGAUCGAUACGGAGGCUGAUGACUCGAAGCUUGAAGAGGAUCACCACUUCCGAAAACCAGCUAAUGACAUCACAUCCCAGCUGGAGAUCAACUUUGGAGACCUAGGCCGUCCAGGCCGUGGACGUGGUGGACCACGUGGUGGCAGAGGGGGACGAGGACGCGGUGGGCCUGACGCUCCAAGGCCAAUGCGCGGAGGAAGGACUGAUAAGUCAUCUGCGUCUGUGCCUAACGUGGACGACCCCGAGGCCUUCCCAGCCCUGGCUUAAGCCUGGCUGACCCUCAGGCAUACAGGAGCCCCCUGAGCACCUCCACUACGAGGCUUGCAUGUUCCUGGAUCCUUCAGCAAAGUAAAAUGAUGGAGAAGACUGUCAUUAACUGUGGCACUCAAUGCGAGGACUGAGUUUUACCCAAUAAAAACAAAAGGAAGAUGGAAAAAAAAAACAGAAAUUUACCAAAAAAAUAAAAAAAACAUACAGAAAAGGACUUCUUGCUACUGUGGAGCAGUUAUUGGUAGAGGUUUUGUACUUUGAAACGAAGUAGCAGGGGUGUUUUCAUACAGUAUUUUUUUCAGAGGUUAUGCCUUGUCCAUUGAUGCAUUUUUGUAAUUGCUGCUUGACGCAUUUCCAACGUAAGCCAAGUAUCUUUAGUUUGGUGUGUGCCAUGGCUUGCCGGCUUUACUCUUGGCACAGUGGAGCUCCACUGAAGCUCUGACACAGCAGUGAUUUCCAAGUUACUCUUCACUCACUGAGGUUUCUUUCUUUAGCACUGGGAUAUUGUUUUAUAUUUUAUAAGGAGGUCUAUUCUUCUAUAACUUUUGGCCUGUAAAUCUAUUUUCUUAAAUUCUUUCAGAAUGACUGUACUUCAUAUGGUGCACACAGCGCGUCCUUUGAUCUGUGGUCAUGUGAUGCAGCCUGGAUUUGAAUGAAUCAAUGAGGUGGCGACAAAAACUUUUACGAUUCUUUAGUGGAGUCAUGCAUCAGCUCAUGUUACACCUUUGGUCAUGUUUCCUAAAUUGGCCUUGAUGCAGCAACUUGAGACUUGAGUUGUAUUCCGGGUGCUAUUAUCAGCUAAUGUCCUGAGCUCAUAUCAUUCAGAUUAGUUCUGCUUCUAUUUCCAACCAUCAUUUGGAGAGCAUGUGUGCGGCUCCUGAUCUCUCCGACUGUUUACACACUCCACAAACAUCCUCGUGCAGACGUGAACUCGCCAAAGCUUGCGUCUGUUUCUGUGCGGAUCUCUGUGCUGACUUCCCCUGCAGCAUCCAUGGUGACACGCACCACUGCAUAACCGCUCUGAAAGAAAUACAGUUGUUUAUUGUGUGAAGCAACUGAUGUGCUCUGCCAUUGUGUGAAUUCCAGCCCUGCUAUUAGACCUCUGUCGGUAAAUAAAGAUGGUCGAUAAAUGUG